CGGCGGUGCGGACGGCCCCUCCUCCCGUGACGUCAGUGGGGCGCGCCGGCGCGGGCACGUGCGGCGUCGGCGGCGCCAUGAGCUGCCCCGUGCCCUGCGCCGCCUGGGUGCGGCGCGGCGUGGCCAAGGAGACGCCCGACAAGGUGCAGCUCAGCGAGGAGGAGCUGAAGGGUCUGAUCGAGGAGGCGCAGGACAGGCUGGGGGAUGGUGCUGGUGGCAGUGAUGAGGGCCAGACAGCAGGUGACACGAAUGCACACGUGCCUGGCAGCAGCACUAAGUCUUCCCAAAACAAUGAAGAGAUGUCUGAUCAUGAGCUGGAUGAAUAUGAUUUGGACAACUACGAUGAAGAGGGGUACACUGGUGAUUUAAAACUUGGAGACUCUUUGGCUACUCUGGCAGUGUAUGGGAGCAAUGAAAAUGAUCCUUACAUCACACUAAAAACCACUGAGCAAUAUGAGCAGGAGGACUUUUUGAUUAAACCCACUGACAAUCUUGUCCUUUGUGGCAGAGUUGAUAAAGACUGCUGUAGUUUGGAGGUCCAUGUUUAUAAUCAUGAAGAGGACUCAUUUUAUGUACAUCAUGACAUUAUCUUGCCUGCUUACCCUCUGAGUCUGGAGUGGUUGAAUUUUGAUCCUAGUCCAGAUGAAUCAACAGGAAAUUAUGUUGCAGUGGGUAACAUGACCCCAGUCAUUGACAUUUGGGACCUUGAUGUAGUAGAAUCUUUGGAACCAGUCUUUUCUCUUGGAGGCAAGAAAGAGAAAAAGAAGAAAAAGAAAGGAAAGAAAAGUUUAUCUUCAGAAGGGACUGUGGAAGGACAUACUGAUGCUGUGCUUGAUCUUUCAUGGAAUAAACAAAGCAGGAAUGUUUUAGCAAGUGCCUCUGCUGACAACACAGUGAUUUUGUGGGACAUGGCUGUGGGUAAGCCAGCAGCCAACCUGACACUACAUACAGACAAGGUCCAGACAUUGCAGUUUCAUCCAUUUGAGACUCAGACCCUCGUUUCUGGAUCCUUUGAUAAAUCAGCAGUGCUGUACGACUGCAGAAACCCCCAGGACAGCCAUCGAGUGUGGAGGUUUAGUGGUCAGGUUGAGAGAGUGAUUUGGAAUCACUUUUCACCUUGCCAUUUCUUGGCAAGCACAGAUGAUGGCUUUGUGUACUGUCUGGAUGCUCGUGCUGAAAAGCCCCUGUUUACUCUGAAAGCUCACGAUGAAGAGGUGUCAGGGUUACAACUAAGCAGUCAGAUCAAAGGGUGCCUUGUGACAUCAUCUGCUGACAAAUACGUGAAAAUUUGGGAUAUCCUGGGAGACAGACCAAGUUUAGUCCACUCCAGGGAUAUGAAAAUGGGAGUUCUGUUCUGUGCAGCUUGCUGCCCUGACUUCCCGUUUGUCUUUGCCUUUGGAGGAGAGCGGGACGGGCUGCGUGUUUGGGAUAUAAGCAAAAUCUCUGCAGUGAAUGAAGUUUUUGGAAACAGAGAGAGGCUCAUCCUGGCUAGUGCCAACUCUGUGGCUUCCAGCUCCACGGCCAGCAGUAGCAGCAAUGAUUUGGAGACAGCAAUGGAAUCAUGAUGGACCAAACAUCAAAGAGUCAAACUAAUACUGGGACUACAACUAACGUGUGUUCUGCAAAUACCCCUGUUCAGUGAGAACUCAUGGAAAUUACUCUGGUGUCUUGCAAUCUGCAGGCUUCUUCAUCUCAAAGAAAGGUGGUGGAUGUGGUUAAGCUCUAAGCUCCUGCUUCUGUUACCAGCUCUGAAAGAUUAUCUCAGGCUAAAGUGAGUGAUUCAGUGAUCCCUGAAACAGGGGCUACCAUAUGUAAAGCUGAUACAUAAAAUGAAACAAUCACUAGAAAAGUAUUCUGUGACUACAGAAGUUUGUUGAAUACUGCAGAGACAGUUUUAUCUUCUAAGGACAUGAGGAAAAAUAUUUCACACAAUAGUUGUGUAAUAAAUAAACAGAAGAUGAACUGAAUCAAAUUACAAAUGUAAAUAGAUAAUUUAUCCUUAUUUUGAGGCUGAGUUUACAAAUUUUAAAAGAUAUCUGUGUUACGUUCUUAACUCUGCCCAGGCAUUUCUGCCUGACACCUGAGGAAAGUUUUAAUUAUCAGUUUAACCACCAACUUAAGCCCCUUAUUUGCAGAAUCAGGAACCUAAUCAAGGGUUGUGACUCAAAGAAUAUCCAUGCAUUUAUAAUGUAACACCCACCUGCUUUACCUCAGGAACUUCACUGAGUUCUUACCCUUAACUGAGCACCUGCCCUCUGCACUCUGUAGAGUAUUCCUGCUGCAAAAAUGCCCUGGGUAUUAAAUCCACUGAUGCCAAAGGAGCUGUAGGAUCGUACUCAUAGCUGCCAAGCUCUUCCCACUGCUUUCCACCCUAACUCACUGUAGUUCAGCCUGGUGAGGUAAAGCAGGUAAAUUGUGUCCCUACAAACUGCAGAUGGGGAAAAGGCAGGUCUGUAACUUUCCUUGCUCUCCCUUGAGAGUAACUGGCUGCUUCUAAAGCUACUUCAGCUGUUUCUAGUCUGGUGAAGGUGGUGUUCAGCAUGGCUCUGCAGGAACCAGGAAGACUCUGGAUGUGUUGGGAUUCCUGCCUCCACCCUCUCUACCAAGCAGUAGUGAAUGAUGUGUGGACAACAAAUGAAGAUUUCUUUUGUGAAGCUUAAGAAGUUCUAAGUACCAGAACCACCUCUGUUCAAGUGCUCUCCAUUGAAAAGUUCCAAGUUUUUCAAAGCUUUACUUUUAAAUAAAUGCUCUGUGUUAAUA